UCUGAUAGUGCUUUAACUGAGGUUUCGUGGUUGGAAGCAGUGGUGCGACGGACAGCGCGUUUGGUUUUCAUUAGGUCGUCUCGACACUGACCCCCUGCCCCGACUACAGCAACGUGAAUCCAGCCCGCUGGCGAGGCAGGCAGGCGUGCUGCUGAGCGGAAGAGAGCCGAGCAGAGCUGAUGUGCAGUCUGCACUUUUCUUUACGCGGUCCGCAGGCUGGACUGCGCUCCCGCACAGAGUGACAGAAAGCUACACGCAAAGUUGCGCGCAAUGGGCAUGAAGUAGCGCCGGCGGGCAUCGAUGGUUGGAGCUUUCUUCGCAGACAGACGCAAAUACUUCCCAAAGAGUGACAGUGCUGCAGCCAUGGUGAGCUGUGGGACUCCUGGAGGUUUACGCAGCGGUGACUGGUGUUCCGCUCCUCUGCUGACCGCAGCGCUGCUCAGCCUUCUGUUCGCAGGGAUGCAUCUAACCACCGCGUUUCCCUCCUGGAGGUUAGAGGAAGAAGCUCACACCACCAUGUUGGUCAUCGGGAUCCGCAAAGAGGCCCGCUCACAAGUCCUCCACCUGUCCAGGAACAAGCGCUACACCCUGACCCCAGAGCAGCUCAAAUGGGACAAAUUCAAGCUAACUUAUAAGUUGCUGUCUUUUCCUACAAACCUGAUAAAUGCCAGCGACACACGUCGAGGCAUUGCCAGGGCUUUUGGCCUGUGGAGUGACGUUUCCCCGUUCUCAUUCAGAGAGGUGCCAGCUGACGAGGAGGCAGACAUUAAGAUUGGAUUUUACCCGGUCAACCACACGGACUGCUGGCAGUCCUACCUGCACCACUGUUUUGACGGCAUCACGGGUGAACUGGCUCACGCCUUCUUCCCUCCAACGGGCGAGAUCCACUUUGACGACCACGAAUACUGGAUUCUGGGAGACAUGCGCUUCAGCUGGAAGAAAGGGGUUUGGCUGACAGACAUCGUCCACGUGGCAACGCAUGAAAUCGGCCACGUCCUCGGACUCAUGCACUCUAUGGAUCCGAAGACUAUAAUGCACCUGAAUGCUACUCUGACAGGACGCAAGCAGAUCACGCAGGAUGAGGUCUGGGGUUUGCACCGUCUCUAUGGAUGUUUGGAUCGCUUAUUUAUCUGUCCUUCCUGGGCUCGGAAAGGCUACUGCGACAGCAAGCGCAGGCUCAUGCAGAGGCACUGCCCGUCCAGCUGUGAUUUCUGUUACGAAUUUCCUUUUCCCACUGCUGCUCCCACACCCACUCCACCUAGGACCAAACACAAGCUGGUCACUGAGGGAAAGAAGCUAACUUUUCGCUGUGGGAAGAAAAUCGCAUCAAAGAGAGGCAAUAUAUACUGGUACAAAGACGGGGAGCUGCUGGAGCACUCUCACCCAAACUACAUUUCCUUGAAAGACGAUCACAUCACCAUAGUGGCCAACGCCAUCAACGAAGGCACAUACACUUGCAUCGUAAAGAAAAGGGACAAAGUUCUCACAAACUACUCAUGGAGGGUACGAGUGCGCUUCUGAUGGAAAGCCGCAGAGCACACAGGAACUCUAGGGCACAUAUUUCAAUUUUAAAAAAGAAAAAGAAUCUUGUAUCAUCCAUAAAACAUGCCUGCCUUUCAUUGUCAUUUUGUAUGAAACUGAAUGUACAAAAAAAAGAAUAAAUUUUUGUACAUGCAAACAAUAAAUGGUUUAUACUACCCAACA